GUUAGUGAAAAGCACAUUCUGUUUCCGCCAUUAUUUGAAAUUUUGAAUUGAGUCUAAAACUGACUAGUUUUUUUAUUGUACUAUUGUUUCUCCACGUGUAUAUGAGUCUUCAGAUAAUCUGUAUUUUCUCGCUAUGGAAUUUCAAGGUGCAGAACCAAUGGCACUCGGAUCCCCCACCUCCCCGAAGCCCGGAACAGGUGCUCAGUUCUUGCCUGGUUUUCUAAUGGGAGACCUGCCAGCCCCUGCAUCUCCUCAGCCUCGUACCUUCGGCGGCUCCAUUGCCGGUGGAAUGGAACUGAGGUCACCACUUAUGUCAGGUAUCUCCCCUCCUCAGCCAGUUGUCCCUACUCCUAAAGACAAGAGUGGAGCACCCCCAGUUAGAAGUAUUUAUGAUGAACUUGCAAGUCCAGGGGUUGGUCUAACACCAAUAAGUUCAAGAAAACAACCUGCCUAUUCAAUUAUGCAGACCCCAUUGUCUGGGAUGACUCCAACCACCCCAGGAACAGCUUCAAGUGUGUUUAGUCCUACUAUUGGGCAGCAGAGGAAAGCCACCCUCUCUCCAGCUCAGGUCGAUCCUUUCUACACUCAAGGAGAUGCUCUUUCUUCAGAUGACCAUCUAGAUGACAAAUGGGUUACAGUUUUUGGGUUUCCUCCAGCAUCUGCUUCUUAUAUCCUGCUACAGUUUGCACAGUAUGGAAACAUAUUAAAACAUGUGAUGUCUAACAAUGGAAAUUGGAUGCACAUGCAAUAUCAGUCAAAACUCCAAGCUAGAAAAGCACUCAGUAAAGAUGGAAAGGUCUUUGGAGAAGCUAUCAUGAUUGGGGUUAAGCCAUGCAUUGACAAGUGUGUCAUGGAGAGUUCUGAUAAAGGUUCAACAUCUGGCUCCUCAGUAGUGUAUACUCCUCCCAUUAAAAUGAUUGCGACUCCGUCCCAUCCUGCAAAUACACCUCGAUCGACCUCCAUGAGGCCUCUGGCUGCUGCAUACAAAGCCUCCAGCAGUGACUAUCAGGUGGUUACUGACAGACAGACCCCAAGGAAAGAUGAGAGUUUAGUAUCGAAAGCCAUGGAAUAUAUGUUUGGUUGGUAUUGAUAAGAAAAAGCCCUUGAUUGUUCCUUGGUCCAAAACAGAGUACAGCAGAGAUGGAGAUAAUUGCAUUAUAGACUUCUCUGGUUUGUUCUCAUGUACUUGGUUAGUUAUAUAACCACUAUUGACAGUUUAAAUACAUGUUGAAGCCUUUCUGAUACAGACUACAUGCAAUUAGUUUGGAUUGUACAGAGUUGUAUGAACUUUACACUGUUAAGAAUUUAAGUAUUUAAUUGGGCUGUACAUUGUUUCUGAAAUUGACAAAACAUGCUAAAAUCAAUGCAAACUUACAUUUGGUCGUGUGUAUGUAUGUGUGUGUGUGUGUGUGU